AGAGGGCGCGAGAACCUGCAGCCCUCGUGUGAUGGCGUCGCCGGGACCGGGAAGGGAAGGUGGUCCUGCUGCGAGGAGGGGCGAAUGGGGCCCGGUAACCCGCAGUGAGAGCCGGGCCGCUCCUUAUCCCGGAGCUGCCGGCUUCCGCGUAGGGCCCACCCGGCCCUCCAUUCUCACCAGCCCGAAGGCUCCACCCCGAUCUGCGCUCCCCGAGUGACCUCGGCGCCCGGGCCCGGAGCCGGGGCGCCCACCCCGCGGCCCCACUCCCGCCCCAGCUCGAAGCCCGGGGAGCAGGCGGCGGCCAGGUCUCCGGAGAGUAACGACUGGAGGGCGGAGGCCCCGGCUCGGCCAGAUCGGCCGCCGAAGGACAAUGGCCGGAGGGACUGCGGGAGCGAGCGCCGAGGAACCGGGGAGCCGGGGCGCUGGAAGCCCCGCCCCGCGGCCGGCACCCUGACAACGCGGGCGGGCCGGGCCGCGCCGCCUGCUCCCCGCCCCUGGGUGGCCGCGCCGGGCGGGGCCGGGGCCAGAGCGCCGCCGUCGCUGCCGCUGCAGCUCCUCUGCGGAUCGGGGGCCGGGGCCGGGGCCCGGGCGCCCUCCCUCCCAGCUUCUCCCGCCAUGAGCCAGGGGAGUCCGGGGGACUGGGCCCCCCUCGACCCCACCCCCGGUCCUCCAGCACCCCCGAACCCCUUCGUGCAUGAGUUACAUCUCUCCCGCCUCCAGAGAGUUAAGUUCUGCCUCCUGGGGGCAUUGCUGGCCCCCAUCCGAGUGCUUUUGGCCUUUAUCGUCCUCUUUCUCCUCUGGCCCUUUGCCUGGCUGCAAGUGGCUGGUCUUACUGAGGAGCAGCUUCAGGAGCCAAUUACAGGAUGGAGGAAGACUGUGUGCCACAAUGGGGUGCUGGGCCUGAGCCGCCUGCUCUUUUUCCUGCUGGGCUUCCUCCGGAUUCGCGUUCGUGGCCAGCGGGCCUCUCGCCUUCAAGCCCCUGUCCUUGUUGCUGCCCCCCACUCCACUUUCUUUGACCCCAUUGUUCUGCUGCCCUGUGACCUGCCCAAGGUUGUGUCUCGAGCUGAGAACCUUUCUGUGCCUGUCAUUGGAGCUCUUCUUCGAUUCAACCAAGCCAUCCUAGUAUCCCGGCAUGACCCAGCCUCUCGGCGCAGAGUGGUGGAGGAGGUCCGAAGGCGGGCCACCUCAGGAGGCAAGUGGCCCCAGGUGCUGUUCUUUCCUGAGGGCACCUGUUCCAACAAGAAGGCUUUGCUUAAGUUCAAACCAGGAGCCUUCAUCGCAGGGGUACCUGUGCAGCCUGUCCUCAUCCGCUACCCCAACAGUCUGGACACCACUAGCUGGGCAUGGAGGGGCCCCGGAGUACUCAAAGUCCUCUGGCUCACAGCUUCUCAGCCCUGCAGCAUUGUGGAUGUGGAGUUCCUCCCUGUGUAUCACCCCAGCACUGAGGAGAGCAGGGACCCCACCCUCUAUGCUAACAAUGUCCAGAGAGUCAUGGCACAGGCCCUGGGCAUUCCAGCCACCGAAUGUGAAUUUGUAGGGAGUUUGCCUGUGAUUGUGGUGGGCCGGCUGAAGGUGGCGUUGGAGCCACAGCUCUGGGAACUGGGAAAGGUGCUUCGUAAGGCUGGGCUAUCCCCUGGCUGUGUGGACGCUGGGGCAGAGCCAGGCCGGAGUCGAAUGAUCAGCCAGGAAGAGUUUGCCAAGCAGCUACAGCUCGCUGAUCCUCAAACAGUGGCUGGUGCCUUUAGCUACUUCCAGCAGGAUGCCGAGGGUAUGGUGGACUUCCGAGAUGUAGCCCUUGCACUAGCAGCUCUGGAUGGGGGCAGGAGCCUCAAGGAGCUGACUCGCCUGGCCUUUGAGCUGUUUGCUGAAGAGCACACAGAGGGGCCCGGCCGCCUGCUGUACAAAGAUGGCUUCAGCACCAUCCUGCACCUGCUGCUGGGUUCUCCACACCCUGCUGCCACCACUUUGCAUGCUGAGCUGUGCCAGGCGGGACCCAGCCAAGGCCUUUCCCUCUGUCAGUUCCAGAACUUCUCCCUCAAUGACCCACUCUAUGGGAAGCUCUUCAGCACCUACCUGCGCCCCCCCCACACCUCCCAGAUACCAAAUGCCUCAUCCCAAGGCAGCCUCACUGCUCUGGCCAACGGGACUGGGCAAGCGCCCAAGCAGAAGGGCGACUGAGCACCUUGACCCCAUCUCUGCUCCUGUUUGACUUUUGUUAUCAUUAUCUGUUUUACGUUGAUUUUAAUUUUUUGUUUGGUUGUGUUUUUUGUAAGAAACUAUUUUAUAUAUAAAUAUAUAUCUAUAUCUAUUAAAAAAAUGAAG